AUGACUGAGUUUAGCGGAAUAUUUGCCAACGCUCAUUUGCCAUAUGAGUUCCAGCGAACACCUGAAUCGCCGUCAAUCGUAGACAUGACGGAGGCCGCAAUAAAAGUUUUACAACGGAAUGAAAACGGAUUCUUCCUUAUGGUUGAAGGUGGAAACAUAGACAUGGGUCACCAUAGGGGUAGAGCACGCACAGCCAUAGACGAAGCCUUAGCUAUGGAGGAGGCUGUAAAACUCGCUUAUAACAUGACCGAUCCCAGUGAUACUCUAAUAGUGGUGACAUCAGACCACGCGCACUCCAUGACCAUUAAUGGACAUCCCAACCGCGGUGACGAUAUCUUUGGUACUGUCGGUCCUUCAAGGGCAGACGGCCUUAACUACACGACGAUAGCGUACGGCACUGGUGGGCCUGGCUCCCGUCAAUAUGAGAUCCAGGUCGUAAACGGCACAAACCAGAUAGUGCGGCGAGACCCUAUCCAAGAUGACACCACAGACUUUAUGUACGAGCAAAUAUCUGCUAUAACUCUAGAUGAGAACAAGCACGGUGGAGGAGAUGUAGGAGUUUACGCUAGCGGUCCAUAUUCCCACCUAUUCCACAACGUACACGAACAACAUUACGUAUACUACGCAAUAUCGUACGCAGCAAGAAUGGGCAAGUACGCUGAGCGACCUACCGUCUCCGGCGCAUUCUCAAUGCAGGGACAUCUUCUCCUAUACUUCAUGUCUUUGUUAUUAGUAUUAAUUGCUGUUAUAUAG